AUGCGUCCAAUCAUCCUAUUUUCUAUUUAUUUUGCAACAAAUCUUCACGCUGUGGACAGCAAACGAUCUCAAGUAAGUGGAACGACAACGAAAAUUAGCCAUGUGCAAAAAUACAGCUUUCCGCCUAACAACACUCCUGUAUCUAAAGUGUAUGUCUUUGGAAGACCUGUUUAUGUACGGCAGCCGUUUGUCAUACCGCAGAGGCAGGAUUAUUUACCACGACUUGACAGUCAGGUUCUGCGAGACGAAAAGUCAUUCCAUGGCAACGCAGACAGCUUGUCAGGUGGAGUCGAGCGAACUUUAGUCCAGGAGUCAUUGGUGAAACAAUUUUUCAAGGAGACUGAUCCCCUGCACUAUCAACUGCCAGAGCGACCAUUUCCACCAAGAACCGGCUUUUCCACGACUCCUUCACCUCCAGUAGUAGGAAAGCAAAAGUAUCCUCUACCGCAGUGCUACACUAAUGAUAGCGGAUUUAUGUGCUGCAAUCCGAAACUGGAACAGUUGAUACGUGAUGCUUUUGAUGACUUGUCGUCGGAUCCAAAGUGGCAGACGUGCAACGUCCAGCAGAUAGCAAACGUCUUACAGAAUCGCUCUCAAUCCGUCUUUAACACCGAUUUUGAAGCUCUAGUUGGGCUAGGUGACUUCGCAUCCAAAACGCAUUUUUUCAGCGAUCUUAUCUGUAAGAUAGAAGUGCAAGGAAGAUUUAUGCUUGCUUAUGCAACUCCAAAUCGACAUUAUGUCAGACCAGCACCAUAUGCAGUGGAGCCACAAACAAGCACGAUAGGAUAUGUUUAA